AUGAGUGCACAAUCACAAGCGUCCAGCACUUCAACCGUUAAUUCAGACAAGGAUAGAUCAUCAUCAUCAUCUGGAUUUCAAGAGUUGCAAGUUGUUAAGAAAAAAGUCAAAUCAGGACAGUCGGUUCCAACAAGUGAAAAUGUGAACGUGGAUGAACUCAUGAAAGCGUUAAAAGUUGUAAGGAAGGCAAAGGAGAGGAAUAUCGACCUAACCACAUCCAUGGAAUCGUUAGCGAUGCGAAGCUUGAAAACUCGUCAUAAACGUCGUCAACGUCGUAAGACUUCGUUAUGGGAACGUUGGCGAUGGUCGAUCUAUGUGACAUUAUGGAUUACCGCUUUUGUAUACUUCUUAGCGUUAUUGAAUCGAAAUACUGUCUGUCCAUACAUCACGGAUCCAAAAACUACCGAGUUCUGA